AUGGCUGUUAGGAUGAUAACCUUCAAGGACGUAUCUGUGGACUUCAGUCAGGAGGAGUGGAGGCAGCUGACUCCCGCUCACCGAAAUCUGUACCGGCAGGUGAUGCUGGAGAACUAUCGGAACCUGGUCUCAGUGGGCUAUCAGCUUUCCAAACCUCGUGUGAUUUCCCAGUUAGAAAAAGAAGAACCAUGGCUGUUCGAGGGAGAAAGUUUAAAAGGUCCGGAUUCAGAUUUAGAGAGCAAAACAGAAACCAAAGAAUCAACUUUAAGGAAUGACAUUUCAUGGGAAGAGGUAACCCAGAACCUGCUGAUGGAGAGCGCCACAGAAGGAAGCACUUUACACUCCACACUGGGAAAAGUCUCCAACUCUGGCAAGUUAGACAAUCCCCCAGGAAACCAAGGAAUGCAGAAAGCCCAAGUUCUCUGGAGCUGCAAAAACCCUGUCACUCAGGGGGCGGGCAAAGACUCUAACAGAUCUGAGAAAAGUAUUUCUGUGAGUUCAAAAGUUAUUUCAGAAUCAGUAAGUGUACCCAGGAAAAAAGAUCAUAAAUAUGAUAUAUCUGGAAAGAAAAGUAAAUACAAUUUAGAUCUGAUUAACCAUACAACAAGUUAUGCAAAAAUUAAAACCUUUGAGUGCAGUAUUUGUGAAAAAAUCUUCAAGCAGCUCAUUCACCUUACUGAGCACAUGAGAAUUCAUACUGGAGAGAAACCUUUCAGAUGUAAGGAAUGUGGAAAAGCCUUUAGCCAAAGUUCAUCUCUUAUUCCACAUCAGAGAAUCCAUACUGGUGAGAAGCCCUAUGAAUGUAAGGAAUGUGGCAAAACCUUCAGGCAUCUUUCAUCCCUUACACAGCAUAUUCGAAUUCAUUCUGGGGAGAAGCCCUAUGAAUGUGGUGUGUGUGCAAAAGCUUUCAGCCAGAGCAUUGGACUGAUUCAGCAUUUGCGAACUCAUGUUAGAGACAAACCUUUUAUAUGUAAAGAUUGUGGAAAAACAUUUUUCCAGAUUAGGCACCUUCGGCAACAUGAAGUUAUUCACAGUGGUGUGAAACCCUAUAUUUGUAACGUAUGCAAUAAAUCUUUCAGCCACAACACAUACCUAACUCAGCACCUGAGAACUCAUACUGGGGAAAGACCCUAUAAAUGCAAGGAAUGUGAGAAAGCAUUUAGCCAGAGGAUACAUCUUUCUAUACAUCAGAGAGUCCACACCGGAGUAAAACCUUAUGAAUGCAGCCAUUGUGGAAAAGCAUUUCGGCAUGAUUCAUCGUUUGCUAAACAUCAGAGAAUUCAUACUGGAGAAAAACCUUAUGAUUGUACUGAAUGUGGAAAAGCCUUCAGCUGUAAUUCAUCACUUAAUAGACAUUACAAAACACAUGUCAAAAAUACCUUCAGUGAUGAUACGCAGAGGGACAGCGGAGCGGGGGCUUCCUCGCCGGAAGAGCGGGCCGAGCACGUGACCUGGCGGGAGCGGCCGGCGGGAGCGGCCCCGUCGGCGAGCGAGGCCUGUGGGUGGGGGGCGGUGUUGGGGGACAUUUCUCUUUCCUUCCGGGUCUCGGCGGGGUUCGUCUCCCGGGCUUCAGGGGCCCGGCCCCCGCGGCGCCUGGGGUGGAGCUGCGGCCGAGCGGCCCGGAAGGCGCCGGCGCUGAGCAGCUUUCGGGGUGCGACCGCCACGGGCCGGGCCGCAUCGGGGUCCCCACCGGGGCUGGGCGCGGGGACACCGUGUCCGAGGGUCACGGUGCUGCCGCCGGAGGCGGAGCUGGGGGCUGAGAGGAGGAAGCCUUGGUGGCCGCCGCCGGAGGCAUCGAAGCUGCAGCCGAGAGAAGGCGGCGCCACGAGAACCCUGAGCUCGGCUCUGAGGCUGCGGCUGGACACAUCCCGCUGUUUACCUUUUGCAAGACCACUCACCCUAGACCGACUGUCGAUAGGGAUUUGGAAAAGACCCCCACCCACAGCAGAGGCCGAAGGCUUCAUCAUGCUGCAGCAGCUUCUGAUCACCCUGCCCACAGAGGCCAGCACUUGGGUGAAGUUAUGCCAUCCAGAGAAGGCCAAGGAGGAAACACCCCUGUGGGAGGAUGUAACUGAAAUGCUUGCAAGAGAAGCUCUGCUAUUUCAGGAUGAAAAUGUAAGCAAGGGAGAAAGUUUAGAGGAUAAGGUGACCUUUGAAACUCCAACAGAAGUAUCUAAGAAACUGUUAACCUUCAAGGACAUAUCUGUGGACUUCACCCAGGAGGAGUGGGGGCAGCUACCCCCUGCGCACCGGAAUCUGUAUCGGGAGGUGAUGCUGGAGAACUAUGGGAACCUAGUUGCAGUGGGCUAUGAAAUUUCCAAACCUAGCAUGAUUUCCCACUUGGAGAAAGGAGAAGAACCGUGGGUGCUGGAGAAAGAUCUGGAAGAUGCCAGUACAGACUUAAAGAAUGAAAGAGAAACCAGUGAUUCAAUCACAGGAGAUGACAUUCCACAAGAACAGUUAUAUCAUGGCAUUAAAAUGGAAGGGCUCUUGGAGGAUGAUUUCACUUAUUCUACGUUGAGGAAAGUUGUCAGAUAUGAUAAUGAGUUAAAAAUGCACCAAGAGACUUGUGGAAGAAAUGUGCUACAAGCCAUCUUGACCCACAAGAACAACUCAAAAGGCCAAAAAGCUAAUACAUUUGUGGAAAAUAUCAUUGUGAGUUCAGAUGUUAUUACAGAACACAAACAUGGCAAACCUAAAAAGAGGAGAAAAUACAGUGUAGAUUUGAUCAGUCGUCCAACAGAUUGCAUAAGAACAAAAACCUUUCAAUGUAAUGUGUGUGAGAAAUUCUUCAAGCAGCACAUUCACCUUAUUGAACACAUGAGAAUUCAUACUGGUGAGAAGCCUUUCAUAUGUAAAGAAUGUGGAAGAGCCUUUAGUCAAAGUGCAUCACUUAAUACACACCAGAGAAUCCAUACUGGUGAGAAACCUUAUGAAUGUGAAGAAUGUGGCAAAGCCUUCAGACACCGAUCAUCUCUUAAUCAGCAUCAUAGAACUCACACUGGGGAGAAACCCUUUGCAUGUGAUAAAUGUCAGAAAGCUUUCAGCCAGAAUGUUAGUUUAAUCCAACACUUAAGGACUCACUCUGGAGAGAAACCCUUUGCAUGUAGUGAAUGUGGAAAAACCUUUCGACAAAUUCGACACCUUAGUGAACAUCUAAGGAUUCAUACUGGGGAGAAGCCCUAUGCAUGUUCUGCAUGUUGUAAAACUUUUAGCCACAGAGCUUAUCUAACGCAUCACCAGAGAAUCCAUACUGGAGAGAAGCCCUACAAAUGUAAAGAAUGUGGGAAAUCCUUUAGGCAGAGGAUUCACCUUAGCAACCAUAAAACUGUUCAUACCGGAAUAAAAGCUUAUGAAUGUAAUCGCUGUGGAAAAGCCUAUCGGCAUGAUUCAUCCUUUAAGAAACAUCAGAGGCAUCACACUGGAGAAAAACCUUAUGAAUGUAAUGAAUGUGGAAAAGCUUUCAGCUAUAAUUCAUCACUUAGUCGCCACCAGAGACUCCACACUGGAGAGAAACCUUAUGAAUGCAACACAUGUGGGAAAACCUUCACUUGGAACUCCCCCUUUAAUCAACAUUCUAGAUUUCAUAUAGGAGAGAAACCCUACCAAUGUAUUGUAUGUGGCAAAGCCUUCGACAAUACAUCAGUUCUUGUUACACAUUUAAGAAUUCAUACAGGAGAGAAACCCUAUGCAUGUAUUAAAUGUGGCAAAGCCUUCAUCAAGAAGUCCCACCUGCUUAGACAUAAGAUAACCCACACAGGAGAGAAGCCCUAUGAAUGUAACAGAUCCUCCCCUCUGUUAACUGGCCUGGUUCAUGGAAGAUGGAGCAGCCGCCCCCUUGAUGCUAUCUGCCAGCAGCAGCUUUCUGCUGUCAUCACCGGCUUUGCUGCCAGGCUCCCCCAGGCCUCUGCGCUGCUCAAGCAAGUGUUACAGCGCUUUUAG